CUUGAAUAACUUAGUCUAAUAACCUAUCGAAUAGAUAACGACUAAGCGGUUAACUUAGGCCCACACGUUUUGGAUUGUUUUGGUGUGAAACAAAAGUGUGGUUUCCUCGUCAGCCAUGGCCCAGUAUAAAGGUGCUGCGUCGGAGGGGGGCCGAGCUGCCAACCUGAUCAAGAAACGACAGAAAGAACAGGAAGAGAUGGAGAUAAAAAAGAAGAAAAUUGAAGAAGAAUUAAAAAUUGGCAGCAUACAGAACAAAUUUGCAACACAUUAUGAUGCUAUUGAGCAACAGUUGAAAUCAAACACUAUUGGUCUGGUCACCCUUGAUGAAAUGAGAGCCAAACAGGAAGAUGUCAUCAAGAAACGAGAAAAGCAGCUGGCAAAGAAACACUCAGAGGCACAGAUGUUGGAUCAACAGAAGAAAGAAAGGAAAAAGAAGGAACAAAUGAAGAUGGCUAUGUUGUCCUUUGAUCCUCAUGAUGAAGAAGAGGAUGAUGAGGAUCAGGAUGAUGAUGAGAAGAUGGAAAAAAUGGAAGAGACAGAAUUGAAAGAAACUGAAAAAGGAAAAAAGAAAAGACUUGGAAAGGACCCCCAUGUGGACACCAGCUUUUUACCAGACAGAGACAGAGAGGAGGAGGAAAAUAAACUAAGAGAACAGCUGCGACAAGAAUGGGUAGCAAAACAAGAGAAACUGAAGAAUGAGGAGAUAGACAUCACGUACAGUUACUGGGACGGUUCUGGACAUCGGCGUCAGGUGAGGAUGAGAAAAGGAAACACGAUGCAGCAGUUCCUUCAAAAAUGUCUGGAGACUUUACGGAAAGAGUUCAAUGACCUUAAAUGUGUGACUGUCGACCAACUCAUGUACGUUAAGGAGGAUUUGAUCAUUCCACAUCACUACAGUUUCUACGAUUUCAUUGUCACUAAAGCGCGCGGUAAGAGUGGACCUUUGUUCAGUUUUGAUGUUCAUGCGGAUGUUAGGAUUAUUAGUGAUGCUACUGUGGAAAAGGACGAAUCUCAUGCAGGGAAAGUGUGCCUUCGUAGCUGGUAUGACAGAAAUAAACAUAUUUUUCCGGCGAGUCGAUGGGAGCCUUAUGAUCCGGAGAAAAGUUGGGACUCGUACACCGUGUCAGACAAAAAUGCGAUUAAAAUUACUGUCAAGUAGAUUUUAUUACCAGCCAUUAAAGUUACUAUGUUGUACAUGUUUCUGUC